CGCAUUCUCUGUUAACGAAGGACCAAUUCAUACUGAUAUCACAGCAUCCUGAAAAUAGGGACAAAGCAUCGCAGUCAUUUAGAUAAUAACCGAACUCGUCUUUCCAACUCCCUCAGCCUAUUCUACACGGAGAAUACCUUUGGAAACGAUUGCAAUGCUUCAAAUAAAGGAUCUCAUUUGGACAUUGCUUCUCUUUGGUUAUGCAGCUGCCUUGCAAGUGGAAAUCACUCCAGCCCAAGGAGAGAUCAGCGUGGGAGAGUCUAAAUUCUUUUUGUGUGAAGUUGUUGGAGAUGCAAAGGAAAUAGACUGGUAUGCUCCCAAUGGUGAAAAGCUCCAGCCAGGAAGAACAGACAUCAGUGUCAGCCAGAAUGACGAGUCCUCAUCCACACUUACAAUCUACAAUGCCAGCGUUGACCAUGCUGGCAUGUACAAGUGUGUGGCCAAAAAUGGGGACAAGGAAUCUCAGGGCACCGUCAUCGUAAAGAUUUUCCAGAAACUCACUUUCCAGAAUGCUCCAUCGCCCCAAGAGUUUAAUGAGGGGGAUGAUGCUGACAUCAUCUGCGAUGUCAUAAGCUCACCACCCCCGACUAUCAUCUGGAAGUAUAAAGCGAUGAGAAUCCAGCCUGAGUCUGAUGUCCGCUUCAAGGUCCUGAGCAACAACCACCUCCAGAUCCGUGGCAUCAAGAAGACAGAUGAGGGUCACUACACCUGCGAGGGCCGCAUCAUGGCCCGGGGAGAAAUAGCCUUCAGGGUCAUCAUGGUCAUUGUCAAUGUUGUGCCAAGUAUCAGGACCCGCUACACUGAGUUUAAUGCCACUGCAAACAUCAGCCAGGCUGUGACGUUGGCUUGUCAUGCAGAUGGCUACCCAGAACCCACUGUCACAUGGGCACGUGGUAAUGUCAUAUUGGAAUCAGGUGAGAAGUACAGUCUGAAUGAAGAUGGAUCCGAGUUGACCAUCAAAGACGUCAAGAAGGUUGAUGAAGGAGAGUACAAAUGCAUCGCCAGGAACAAGGCUGGAGAGAGGAGUGAGGAAGUCAGCCUCAACGUGUUUGUGCAUCCGAAGAUCACAUUCCUUGACAACCUGACGGCGACUGAGUUGGAUGAGCAGAUCAAGCUAACUUGUGAGGCCACAGGUGACCCCACCCCCAACAUCAUCUGGAGCUUCGGUCGCCGUGUCUUCACCGAGAAUGAUCAGGCUUCAUGGACUCGACCUGAAAAACACAAGAGUCUGGAUGGUAACGUGAUUGUACGCAGUGAUGCCCGUGUGUCCUCUCUGACUCUGAAGUAUGUGCAGUUCACUGAUGCUGGCCAGUACCUCUGCACUGCCCGCAACUCCAUUGGGCAGGACAUCCAGAGCAUGUACCUGGAAGUGCGCUAUGCUCCAAAGAUUCAGGGCCCUGCUGCUGUGUUCACCUGGGAGGGGAAUCCAGCUAAUAUCACCUGUGAGGCUCUAGCUCACCCGGGUGCCACCGUUUUGUGGUUCCAUGAAGGUCAGCUUCUGCCCAGCACUAAUACUACCAGUGUCAAGAUCUACAACAUGCCCACAGUCAGCUUCCUGGAGGUCAAUCCGGAGUCCCAGAACGACUUUGGCAACUACAACUGUACAGCCACCAAUGUCAUCGGCUCAGAGUCAAAGGAAUUCAUUUUGGUUCAAGCAGAUGUGCCUUCGGCCCCAUCUAUUGAGCGUGUGGAACCGUAUUCCAGCACGGCGCACGUGGAGUUUGAUGAGCCUGCCUCCAGUGGAGGAGUGCCCAUUCUCAAGUAUAAGGCUGAGUGGAGGAUAGCAGGCCAAGAUUGGAUUGACAGAGAGUAUGAUGUUGCGGAUGGUCUCAACUUGAUCACCAUCGUAGGGCUAAAGCCUGAGACUGUUUAUGAGGUCAAGAUGUCAGCCAUCAACGGCAAGGGUGAAGGAGAGAGCAGCCCCCCAGAGACCUUUAAAACCCAGCCUGUCCGGGAACCUAAUCCUCCAAAACUGGAGGCUAAGCCACAAUCCACAGGCAACGAGAUGAAGGUUCACUGGAUCAAGCAAGAUGAUGGGGGCUCUCCCAUCAAGCACUAUCUUGUGCGCUACAAAGCUACAAAUCGCCAAGAAUGGAAGCCUGAGAUCCGCCUACCCAACGGCAGCGAGUACGUUGUGCUGAGGGGUCUAGAAUGGAACACAGAGUAUGAAGUCCACGUUGUGGCAGAAAACCAGCGAGGGCGAUCUGAACCGGGCACCCUCUCCUUUAGGACCUUCCCAGAACCCACCGCCAUUCCAGAAACCGGCUCAGGUUUGGGCACCGGUGCCAUUGUGGGCAUCCUCAUCGUGGUCUUCAUCCUGCUUCUGUUUGGUGUGGACGUCACAUGCUACUUCCUCAACAAGUGUGGUCUUCUCAUGUGCAUUGCUGUCAACUUCUGUGGCAAGUCCGGCCCUUCUUCCAAGGACAAGGAUAUCGAAGAGGGAAAAGCUGCCUUCACGAAGGAUGAGUCCAAGGAGCCCAUUGUGGAGGUAAGGACUGAGGAAGAACACACACCAAACCAUGAGGGAGGAGGCCCCACUGAACCAAAUGAGACCACCCCUCUAACUGACCCUGAGCACGCUGCUGACACUACAGCAACUGUAGUGGACUUGCUUCCUUCUGUAACCACUAACUCAGACCCCAGCACUGACAGCCCCGCUAGCGAUAGCACCACCCUUACCUCAAGCACCGUCCCUGCGGCUGAUCCUAAACCUGCUCCUCAGUCCAGCACCCCCAAAGCUAGUGUAACCUCUCCUACCUCCCCACAAGCUGCUGCCCCCACAGCUGUGGCCCCUCUUGUGGACUUGAGCGAUACACCCUCCAACCAGAACUCAAAGUCCUUAGAUGCCCUCCCUGCAUCUGAUUCAACUGCCCCAACCUCCGUGACCCCUGCAGAUUUGGCCAAAGCUGAUUCUACCAAGCCCCCUGCGGGAGAGCCAGCACUGAGUGCUGGUGCAAAGGGCUCUGCUGAGUCGACUCCCAGCAAUACUGCAAAUCCUCCCCAAAGUAAGGACUCUCGGGUACAGGGAGGAGCCCAGAAGACCGCAGAUAGUGACCUUGCCAAAGAUGUGUUUGAUGCGCUGGCCAAUUCCACCACCACUGCCUCCUCCACUGCACUGUCCGCACCCAACCAGGACGAUGGUAAAAUUGCUGUAGAUGAAAAAAGUAAAGCGGCAGAGACGGAGGUAAAUAAACCCCCUACGGAGGUGAAGACAGUUCCCAAUGAAGCCCCCCAGACGAACGGCAACGAGAGCAAAGCGUGAUCGAGAAUCGUCAAGCGCACGACAGUUGCAGACAGCACCACACCACCACAUCAAAACUCAUUUAAAAUAAAAGGGUUUCUUUCUUCAGAGUCUUUUUCAGUUUGCAGAACAAACAUUUUUUCUAGAUGUAUAGAGCACCUAAAGAGCUCAUGCCUUUAUUUUGUAAUUUUCUUUUCUAUUUCUGUUGGAACUUUUCAUUUCUUUUAUAAACACAAAAGGAAGGAAAGAUUCUUCACCUCUAGUGCACUCUCCUUGACCUUGGAAGUAAGAUUAGUGUGUUUGAAAUGACAUUAAUGUCGGUAUAAGAAAGUUUAGGAUCAGUUGAAAGAGACAACCAUGAGGAAUCGUAGAUAUUUGCUAUUCCACAACAAUGCCUUUACACACCACAAAUAUAUCUGUUCUGUUUUAGUUAUGUCCCAUUUUUAUUACGUGCAGUAUUUCCAUUAUUAUUGUCUGCCACAUAUUAAUAUUUUGGGGAACAUUUUUGAUGUUUUACUUGUGUUUAAUAAUGUACAAAAGCAACUGCCUUUUAUUUUGUUAUUUGUCACGUUAUUUUUGCGAGUUAGCGAUAGAUUGUUAGUAUGCUUGCUUUGCAUAAUUAUUUUUCUAUUAUGUCAUUCAUUUAUUACAGCCCCAAAUGUUUACAGCAUUUUGCUAUGAAAAACUCCCUCUCGUUAACAAGCAGCUAACUUCUCUAGCAAACACGACACAAACGAGGAAGUAACAGCACAAAGAUUACACUUGCAUGAUGGGGUAGAGGUCUGAACUAGGCAUUAGGGUUAUACAAAUUUUUUUCCUCAUUUUCUUUUCUGUUACAACACACACUCUGACUCCCCCUAAACAGUCUGGGUUACUUUCAUUUACUUUAAGACUUUUAAAGCAACUGUAAGGUUGAGAGUUAAAGAGAUGUCCUGCAGUGAUCCAUGGUAGAAACUUCCUACAUGUCCUUUAAAAAAACAUAAAGAACAAACUGGAGCUCUUAGAAAUGGAUCAGAUGGCUGCUUGAGAGAAUUGAGUCCCAGCGUUACUGCGACCCACUGCUGUGUUACAUGGUAGAUAUAGCUGUUGCACUCAUGCCCUAAUAACAAACACCAGGAGCGUAGAUGUGCAAGGCCCACGGGACAUUACGUAACACGGCGACGACAAGUUAAAGGGGUCAUGACAUUAGGAAUCAAAUUGUCUUUGAUCUUUUGACAUAUAAGAGAUCAUUGUACUAUAAAAACAUACAGUACGUUUCAGAUUCCAAAACUUCCCCCUCACUGCAAAAAGAGCAUUUGUUGAAACCAUGCUGCCAAAAUGACUCGUUCUCUACUUCCUCCACACUGUGAUUCCACACUGUGCAUCUGACCGCCUCCACAACAACGCAUCAAUACAGCGCUUCGAAAUUAACCCAUGCAGCGACGGUUCCCCUUUGACACAGAUAUCCUGCCUACAAAAACAAAACGCAGUAACUACACCAACACUGAAACAAAGAAAAUGGUUUUAUAGUUGUUUGCUUUCAAUGCAGAUUAUGACAUUCCAUUUUACAAUGAAGCCGAGCAUAGUUGGGCCAAACCCAUCUUUCACAGGACAGAUCAUAGUUUAAGAGACCCCAUAAAUUAAUUUUGACAAAAUAUGUAGUUACUGUGUUUGCCUUUGCAUGGCAGUAUUGUCAAAAAGUAAGGUGUUUGUUGGUUUUUAAUAUCUUUAAUAGGCAUACAUGGUCAAAUUAUUAUUUUGUUUUAUUUAAGCCAUAGUACUCCGGUGUGGAUAUAGUAGCAUCAAUGAUAUUCAGCCUGACUUUUUGUACAGUGUUUCUCAUUCUUUAGGCUGCAAGCUUGUGCACUGUGAAUGUGUGAAAAUCCUAGUGUGAAUACAGUGUGUUCUUUGUAAUAGAAUAAAUAAAAAAAAUCCAUAGGUUGUGAAAGCUGUAGCUGUUAGUUCAAACAAUGUUCAUCAUGAUGAGGAAAAAAAAAAAAAAAAAAAAAGAUGGCAACAGCAGAAAUGGAAUACAGGAUACAAAGGAGUUGGUGCCUUCAAUAUAAACAUCCUUUGAGUUUGCUAGUCAUACCGGACUGGACUGAUCGUACACAUCUUGGGUUUAGAGCUCAAGAUUGUCUUGGUGACUUUAUACCUCCCGGUAUAAGAUGGUUCAGAUCUGUAAACUGUGAAAAUAACAGUUUUGAUUCUUGCUCAGUGUGUCGGCACAUGAAUUUCUGGGUCUUCGGGUGUAAAUGGAUUGUGAUAUCUGAAACUUGAGUUCUCAAAAUCUCGACAACAUGCCUUUAUUUAACUGAUGCAAAAUAAAACAUAUAGAUAUAUACUGUAUAUUCACACAAAAAAAACUGUCUUGAUACAUUGCGUUUUGUAGGUACCUUAGACCUAAGCAGACAUCUGCUGUCUGUGGCCUCCAGCUCACAUUUGGUCAAAUGCCUUGUCAGUGACAUCUAUUUUUCAAUCUGAAAUAAGCAUGCAAUGUAUUCUGAACUAGAUGUCAUUGGUGUUAAGGUUAAGAAUUUAAUUGCUAAAUAACUGCAAAUGUCAAAGGCUUUAUUUGUUGUACAUUUCUCUCUGAAUGUCUGUGAACUGUUGUAGUUCAUAUAUUCACUUUUGUCGUGUUUUCUUCUAUAAAACAGACAUUAGUUGCUUUUAUUUGGUUAAAUGGUAACACUUUAUAAUAUCUUGAAUUAGUUAACAUAUAAAAUGCUUAACAGAUCCAUAGUUCAUGUAUAUUUAAAUAGGAAUAUAUACGUAUGAAGCAAAGUUUCUAACUAUUUUAAUGUACAUUAAUUGUUCUGUUAAGCAUUAUAUAAAGUAAUAAUGUUUGUUCAUGAAUUUUAUUGUAGAGUGUUACCAGUUAGAUUCUGGUCUAUGAUAACAAGCACAUGAGAGGCUUGUACAAACACUGUACUGGAAGGCAUGCAAACUAUUCCUUGUGAUCUCAUUGAAAAACAACCUGGAGUUGAAAAAAACCUUUGGAUUCAUUCUACUGCAAUUCAAUGUGGAACCAAUUGUUAAGCGAGUUUACAUGCACAGAUUCACCACUGCAUUUGUGCCAUCAGUCUGUUCAAAAUGAUGAUUGUUUCAAAAGAAUUUAAGGUUCGUCAUCUGAGCAAUCACACCCAUUUGAUGUGAAGGCUUCUGUGACACAUUCACACUCAUUCUGUUUGUCAUCACCACUCUCAUCCCAGACCUUCAUAAGACAUCCUUUCAUGCAUUUUCUGCUGAGAGGAACCUCUCACAGAUGUAUACAGAUUUUUACAAAAUCAAAUGUCAGUACCACCAUUUUUCACCACUGCCACUGCUGUAAAUACUAACCGAAAACAAUCUGACUUCAUUCUGUUGACAAAUUCUUGUGUUCAAUAAAGUAAGAAAAAAUA